AUGAAAGCAAACAACGUAGCUUGCAAGACUGGGCGCUUGAAACGGCCGCGGAAGAGGAAGCGUUUGGCGAAGCGGCGGUUUGCGCAAGCAAAUGAGGUGCGCCAGCGCGUUGCGCAGUUGGGCACGUGUAGUUUUGGUCGGCGGGGCAUUGCGCACAGAAACCAAGGCUUACUGCCAGACUCAAGUGGUGGUGCAGUAGUGCUGAGCCCUCCUAUCCUUAAGCUUGCUGGUAUCCAUACGGGUAGUAUCUACCACUUGGAAGAGGACCUGCCAGACCAGCAGCAGCUGCAUGACCAGGCCAGAAUGACCUUGCCAGCAAUACCAGUCAUGGAGCUGGAGGAGUGGACAGCUGAACAUUCAGCAUCUGGCCAGAAGGCAGCUGCUGGGAAGCAGAAGAAGGUGGAGGCAGCAAGCAUGAGCAGCAACUUGGAGCAGCAGAUAUUACAUUGUAUCAAGAAUAUUGAGCACAAAAGGGCCAUGGGCACAAUUGUGCCAUCACACACACUGCACUGGCUCUAUAGGAAUGUGGUGGAUUCCAUCCUGUUGAGGACAGCCUUUGGCCAGAUGCCAAAUGUUCAGCUGUCCACUCCUUCAGCUCCAUGA